GAAAACAGUCCUCCUCAGACCCUCCAAAAACGGGUUAUUACCUUGUCAACUUAAGCAAAGGGUAUACUAAUCGCUUAAGCAGCAGAACGAUAUUGGCAACUGCGCAAACAUAAAAACAAUAGCAGCUACGUUUACAGUUUGAGACUCAUUAACAACUAUCCGGAAACAUUUGAUGCGACACAAGGGAUUAAUGGCUGUAGUCAGUUAGACAAGACGAAGAUUUUGGCAUUGUUUACGUUUCAUUACGGUGGGUUGUCUGCGCGUUAAUUACGGUAAUCAUCAAUGACCGAAUAUUAAACGCCAAGGAAAUAAUUACAGUCUACUAUUGGAUGUGAAAAUCUAUACCGAAUCUGAUGUUGUAGCAAGCCUAGUAGCAACUGUACCACCUCCGUUUGCUAACUCCCUCAGUCUAUUUUACUGCAUCCUGCGACCUUAGCUCUAAAAUGACAUGUUGGCAUUCGUCUGUGAUAUGACUUGCACUUGCAAGAAAUGUGAAGACCACCAGAUGAAUAAGAAGCUAUAGUAAAGGGUGAGCCCCUAGGCUCAAAGAACAUUUUAUUUGGGAAAACACUGAAUGGGGCACAAUGUUUACUGUUCCUCAAAGUUCCAAAUCUGAGUUUCUGGAUAAAGCCAGACAAGCCAGGGAGGAGAGGAAAGGGCAGAAGGAAAAGGAGAAAGCAGCAACCACUAUUCAAGCUGUUGUAAGAGGUUUUCUCUGUCGCUCCAAGCUCCAAAAGGAAAUAAGAAAAGAGAUUGAUGAAUAUUUUGAAAACUCUGAGACGACCACAUCAAAAAGAAAUGCACUUUCUAUUUUUAAAAUUGCCCGGAAAUUAUUAUUCAUAUACCAUCAAGAAGACAAGCAUAGAUUUGAGAAGCUGUGCCGUGCUAUUCUUGCCAGUAUGGAGGUUGAAAAUGAGUCUAAAGUCUGGUAUGUGUCUUUGGCACUUUCUAAAGACCUCACUAUUGCCUGGCUCAAACAGAUAAAGGAUGUAUUGUGGACUUGUUGUGUUUUGCUUAAAAAAUUAAAGCCUGACAUACUUCAGGACAAUAAAAUCAUAACCUUAUAUCUCACCAUGCUGGUGACUUUCACUGACACUUCUACUUGGCGAAUAGUCAGAGGAAAAGGUGAUGCUCUAAAACCUGCUUUAACAAGAAUCUGUGAAAAUAUUAUGGGGCAUCUCAACCAAAAAGGGUUCUAUUCAGUAUUACAGAUUUUACUGACCAAUGGCCUAGCUCGUUCAAGGCCAUCUCUCUCUAAAGGAACUCUAACUGCAAUCUUCACCCUGGCGUUGAGACCAGUUCUUGCUGCACACUUUUCUGAUAACCUACUGAGAUCAUUCCUGUUGCACAUUAUGUCAGUACCAGCAGUUGUCCACCACCUCAAUGUCCUCACACCAGAGUGUAUGGCAACCAUUCAGACUCACAACCUCCUACGGAAAUUUAUCUUGUUCAGCCGGGAAGAACAAUGCUCAGAUAUAUGUGUGUGUUUAGAGGGAAGUCAUACCCUCUGCUUACUAGGAAACCUCAUUCACCUGGGAUACUAUAAUGAGAAAGUCCUAGAAGAAGAGGCAAGUCACUUUGUGAAGGAUCUUACUGACAUAUUGUCAUACUGUCAGAGAUAUGUCUCCCAAAAGAAGUCAAACCUCACUCAUUGGCAUCCUGUCCUGGGCUGGUUUUCCCAAAGUGUUGAUUUUAGCUUGAAUGAGUCCAUGCCAUUGGUGACAAAACAACUUCAAAACCUGUGGGGUGUUUCAAUUAUACGUACGCUCUUUAGUGAUGUGCUUUCAAAAAAACUGGAGAGCCAAGAACCUACUCCUCCACCACCCCAAUCACCCCAACCUAGCACAUCACAAAACAAUCUACCAGUUAAAAACCUCUUCAAACGAGCUUUUCAGAAGUCAGCCUCUGUACGAAAUAUCUUGAAGCCAGUUGGAGGAAAGCGUGUUGAUUCUGCAAAGUUCAGAAAGUGGUGCAGUAUUUGUGUGCUCUACCAGACUGCUCUGUCUACACUAACACAGAUACGACUUCAGAUACUCACAGGUCUAACACAUCUGGAUGACCUUCUGCCUAAGCUAUGGGCCUUUAUCUGUGAGCUUGGUCCACAAGGUGGUCUCAAACUAUUUAUGGAGUGUCUAAAUAAUGAUACAGAGGAGUCCAAACAGCUCCUGGCCAUGCUGAUGCUUUUCUGUGACUGUUCGCGACACCUUAUCACUAUUUUGGAUGACAUUGAGGUCUAUGAAGAACAAACAUCUUUUAAGAUUGAGGAACUCAUCACCAUUUCCUCGUUUCUGAACACAUUUGUCUUUAAGAUGAUCUGGGAUGGCAUUUUAGAAAAUGCAAAAGGAGAAAAACUGGAGUUAUUUCACAGUGUCCAUGGCUGGUUAAUGGUGCUUUACGAGCGGGACUGCCGAAGAAGAUUCACACCUGAUGAACACUGGUUACGCAAGGAUUUGAAGCCUAGUUUGUUAUUCCAAGAACUGGAGAAAGGGAAGAAGAGAGCCCAACUUUUAUUGCAGUACAUACCACAUGUCAUUCCUCAUAAAAAUAGAGUGCUGCUGUUUCGAAAUAUUGUGACAAAAGAAAAGGAAACUUUAGGAUUGGUAGAGACAAGUUCCGCAUCACCUCAUGUCACUCAUAUAACUAUUCGUCGCUCAAGGAUGUUAGAGGAUGGAUAUGACCAACUGCGUAGAUUGCCUGUCAAUUCUAUCAAAGGUGUAAUUCGAGUGAAGUUUGUAAAUGACUUGGGAGUAGAUGAGGCUGGAAUAGACCAGGAUGGUGUAUUUAAAGAGUUUUUAGAGGAGAUUAUUAAGAAAGUGUUCAAUCCUGCUCUAAACCUCUUCAAGACAACAAGUGGAAACGAACGACUUUAUCCUUCUCCCACAUCAUAUAUUCAUGAAAACCACCUGCAUUUGUUUGAGUUUGUGGGAAAGAUGCUUGGGAAGGCGGUGUAUGAGGGAAUAGUUGUUGAUGUCCCCUUCGCCUCCUUUUUUCUGAGCCAAGUCUUGGGUCACCAUCACAGCUCAUUCUACAGCUCUAUUGAUGAGCUGCCAUCACUGGACUCUGAGUUUUACAAAAACCUUACAUCAAUAAAGCGUUAUGAUGGAGAUGUGGGGGAUCUAGGACUUACACUGUCUUAUGAUGAGGAUGUGAUGGGGCAGCUGGUUUGCCAUGAAUUAAUACCUGGAGGAAAAACAAUGCCAGUCACCAAUGAGAAUAAGAUCAGCUACAUCCACCUCAUGGCUCACUUUCGAAUGCACACACAGAUUAAAGAUCAAACAAUUGCCUUCAUCCGUGGCUUCCGCAGUAUUAUAAAUCCUGAGUGGCUGCAUAUGUUUUCCACUCCCGAAGUCCAGCGCCUCAUCUCAGGAGAUAAUGCUGAGAUUGAUCUAGAUGACCUCAAGAAACACACUGUGUACUAUGGAGGGUUUCACAGCAGCCAUCGUGUUAUCAUCUGGCUCUGGGACAUUUUGUCAAGUGACUUCAACGCAGAGGAGAGGGCCAUGUUCCUCAAAUUUGUCACCAGCUGUUCAAGGCCACCACUUCUUGGGUUUGCCUACCUCAAACCACCAUUUUCCAUCCGCUGUGUAGAGGUUUCAGAUGAUCAGGACACUGGAGACACACUGGGCAGUGUCCUUAGGGGUUUUUUCACUAUUCGUAAGAAGGAACCUGGUGGUCGACUUCCUACUUCAUCAACAUGCUUCAACCUGCUCAAGCUGCCCAAUUACAGCAAGAAGAGCAUUUUACGUGAUAAACUGAGAUAUGCCAUAAGCAUGAACACAGGCUUUGAGCUCUCCUGACUCUUUAGCACACAACCUGUCUGCACAGGAGGGUGGUCACAAGCAGCCGGGCUCUCGAGAGCCUGAGCUGACCAGUGCAGCUGCCAGAAAAAAAUGAAACUACAGACUGGAUUCAGUGGAUGGAUCUCAACAUCUGAGGCCCUUCAGCCCACUGUAAAGUGUUGUUUUAGCGGCACAAUCUGUUUUUAGGACCUCUCUUCUUCCACUCCAAAAAUAUAAUAUGUCGAUUUAAAUUGUGAUAGACCAUGGCUGAAUCUGUUUCUCAGGCCUAACAAAAUCAUCCUUGGGUGUAACACAGGAAAGCAAUACAGAUGCGAGCCAAUACAUACAUGGUUGAUUCAUGCUGGUGAAACCAAGUGAUGCAUUGUUAAUAUUAAAAGCUUGGAUCCCAUUAUCCAGAACAUUUUUACCCGAUAUUGGAUGGAUCUUACAAUGUUACACUAAAGUUGAUGCAUCUUUAUGUCUGUUUAUUUAGGAGUAGUUCCUCAAAAACACUGUCCUAUUGCAUUAUCUCCCAUUUCAAUCUCACACUAUUUUACAUCAUGAAAAAUGUCAGUUGGGGUUUGACCAUUGGCUUAGAGGUUGACUUUAGCUAGUUUUAGUAGUUUGAUCAAUGUGUAUGAUGUCAAUGUAAGGCCGAGGCCAAAGCUAUAACCAUGCUAAAAUAUAUAUUUAAAGUUGUUUUAGCAUCUUACACAUCUGGGAAAAUACACUGGAAAUGUUUCCUUAUUUGUAUCUGCAGACACAACUUUGCUCUGUGUGGUAAACCUUUAAUUAUAACAAUACCUAAUAGUGUUUAUAUGUACCUAUAGAAACUUCCACUUUUAUGAAGUACUGAGUGCCUCAUGUAUUAAACCAACCUAUCAUGUCUGACUGUAACACAUGUUAAUGUAUACUGGAAGCAAGCCAUAGCAAUGGGUAAAUGUAUACAUGUAGACUUAUUAUUACUAAAACAUUAAAAAAACAACCAACCACUGUACCACUCAACCACAAGGGAGGGCUAUGCGCUCUGGAAGUUUUAAGCCAUGUGGAAAAUUGCAAGAGGCCACAACCUCAAACAUGAUGUCAUGGGAUUGGUUUUUGAACCAAAGGCUUGAUAAGACUUUUCUUAAAAUUACAUUGUUGCACAAGUGUCUGCUUUAUUUCAUCUGUGAAAUGUUUUAAGAGGAGGAAUGUCAACUUAUUAGCGUAAAAGUAACACACAGGGUUCAAAGCAGUGGAAGAGACUUUGCUAAAAGGGGUAAAUAUAGCUAUAAAAUUAACUCUUUUAACAAGUGAUUUUAUUAUGCAAAAUGAUUUUACUCUUUUGAGACACUUGUCAAGUUUCUAAUUUCUAAUAUCCUUUGCCACUAACUCAUGUGGUGUAAAUACACCCUACUAUGCCACAAAAGAUAAUCCUGAAGGAACUUUUUUGUCUUAAAAAAUAAAUGUCUAAGCUGAAGAUGUGCUGAUGAAACAUACCUCAGAAACGUGUUUUGUGAUGAGGUUUUCUCAUCAGUAAUCAAUGAUGUCAAGCCUAGACAACACUUUCAUGUACCGGUUGACUGCUAAUGCUGACUUUGGAUUUCCAUUCUUUUAGUACAAAAUAAAAGCUACUCUGGAAGAAUA